GCACAUUACCGACGGACAUUUUCAGCCGUUUACUCGUAAAUGAGAGCAUGUGGCAUGAGUCCAGCCGAGAGUAUCUCCAAGAAUGAGAGCAUGUUGCCCUCGCCCCAGGUGUGCGUGUCUACUCUGGUGACAGUGAGCACGAUGGCUGUGGUCGACCUCUAUCUGCUGGAGCAGAGCAUGCUGGGACCUCGAGGUGGAGCCCGUCCUGCAGUAUGGCCAUGUGUUGCCGUCGCGCUGGGUGACCUGUGUUUCCUGCUGGCGCUGCGCUUUGUUUCUGCCGGUGUGGUUUCAGAGGCUCGCUCUCCCCGUCGGGGCUUUGCCAACGCUCUCUGGUUUCUUUUCCUCUCGCUGCUGCAGCUGAAGCUUUUCUUUCUUUUCUUUGUGUGUCAGAACUACAGACAGGAGAGACGACCUCCGGAUCCUCUUGCCCGCAAGACUCUGACUCUUUUACUUUCGGUGUGCCUGCCCUCACUGUUCCUCAUCCUGUCAGGAGCUGAUUACAUGACUCCACUCCGCAGGAAGCAGGAGGUGCGCAGCCGGCUUCUGUGGGUGGUGGUUGACUUACUCGAUGUGUUGGAUCUGCAAGCCGGUCUUUGGGAGGUGCAGGGAAGCGUGGGGGUUCCUCUUUGGGUGGAGGGUAUAGUGUUCUUUUACUGUUAUGUGCUGUUGCUGUUGCUGCCAUGCGUGUCGCUCACGGAGCUGGGUGCUACUGCGCUGCCUGGGCUGCAGGCGGCUCGGAAAGAGGCCAUCUAUCCGUGGCUCAGCCUGGUGACCAUUAACGUGUUCACGCUCGUGCCCAGAGGAGUCGGGAUGCUGUGGUACAGGGACCCACGGGUAUCCACAGUGUUCUUGGGGAAAAACCUGCUGGCUCUUGCAGUAAGGUUGAGCUCCGCCUGGGAGAGGCACAGAAAGGGCAGCGGAGGGAUGCAGGGCGCAGAAGCUGCCACAGGAACUGGAAACCAGACUCGUGGGGCAUCGGAGCAAGCCACGGAGCAGGAGCAAGAGUGCACAUCUCCAGUGCCGUCCUCUACACGCUACCACACGCUCUCACGCACUCACGGACACAGCCACUCGCUCUCUCACGUCAGCCUAGACCCCACUGAAACCUCACUGGGACAAGCUUACAUUUCCCACGAGCUCUAGAGGUCAUGAAAGAGCCCUGAAACUGCCAACAAUUGGAAUUUGUAGACUCGUAACUAUCCCUGGAGUCUCUGUGCUUUUGGCAAGAUUAGCAGAGAUAACUCAUCGUAUUAGCACACUUUGUAGUUUGUACAGCUGAUGAUUUGUAAAGCCAAACACAAGCAGCCUACUGUGGUGUGAAGCUCCCAGACAAAAUGAUAAUGAAGCAGAUGGGGGAGCUGUUUUAAUUAAGUGCCUUCUUUAAAGAGCAACAAUUAAUAUUGUUACUCUUGUUCGUUUUGGUUACUCUUGUUC